AUGAAUAGCGAAGAAAUUAACGAAACUCAAGUGGCCGUUGACCCUCAAUGCGAAAAAUAUCGGCAAACCAUUGAGGCUUUCGAAAAAACUAUCCAAGAAAAAGAAGGAGAACAUUCCAAAGCUGUUUAUGAAAAAGAGUUGGAAAUUAAGAAUAUUAAAGAACAUGUGGCCGGUAAAGAUAAAGUUAUUUUGGAAUUGCGUGGAGAAAGGGAUGUUUUAGAAAAAAGAGUGAAGGAAGCUGAAAAUACUAUCUUGGCUCAACAAUAUUACAAAGAUCAAGUCGAAGAAAGAAAAAUUAUAAAAGAAAUCAUUUCCCGAUUUACUGAAAAUCUUAACCAGAAGGAGAGAAUUGCCGAAUUAACCAUCAUUGGUCGAGAAGAAGAAAUUAAACAAGUGACUUAUGUUUUGUCCCGCAUGAUUAAGAAUAACCCUUUAUUAAUCGGGCCUCCGGGCGUGGGAAAAACGGCUAUUGCGGAGGGAUUGGUACAAAGAAUUAAACGCGGUCAAGUCCCCGAUUAUUUAAAGAACAAGGUCAUUUAUCAGUUAAAUAUGAUGGCUUUAAUGGCUGGCACCAAAUUCCAAGGAGAAUUAGAAGAAAGACUAAAAACCAUUUUCCGUUUCAUGGGUCAACCGGAAAAUAACGCUAUCCUUUUCAUUGAUGAAAUCCAUUUAAUUGUGGGAGCCGGCCGCAGCCAAGGAACCCUGGAUAUUUCUAACCUUCUCAAACCUCUGCUUUCAAGAGGAGAAAUCCAGUGCCUUGGAGCCACCACCCAAGAAGAAUACCGAAAAUAUAUUGAAAAAGACGGAGCCCUAACUCGCCGUUUUAGCAAUAUUUACGUGCGUGAGCCCAGUGAGAAAGAAAGCAUUGCAAUUUUACGAGGUAACAAAAAUAACCUAGAAAUCUACUACGAAUUAAAAAUUCAGGACGAGGCUCUGGUUGCCGCUGUCAAAAUGUCCCAACGUUAUUUAACCUCUACUUAUCUUCCUGACAAAGCCGUUGAUUUAAUUGACGAAACUUGCGGUCGUAUCC